GCACCGGAACAAGCGUCCGUCUCCAGUUGGCCCGCUCGGGUUGGCGGAGACGAGGAGACGAGUCACAGCAGGACUAGAGGAAUCAUUAGUUCAACAUGAAGUCCUCUGUUCCUGCUCUCAACAACAGUAACUAGUCGGGAGAGGGGGGAACAGGUCUCGGUGCUGGUGCAGGUCGGUGUCGGGGCCGCCAUGCCUGUAUUCGGGGUGAGGGUCGCGGUCGUCGCCGUGUUGGUGUUGUCCAUCGGAGUCGCAGCCAUUCAAGAGGAGCAAAAAGCGGAACAGGAACAGCCUCCGGCAGAGAAAGCUUCAAGUGCCCGUCCCGUGGGGCCAGUCGUGUCUGAAGAUGGCUCCAGCAAAGCAAACCUGGGUUUCAUCCACGCCUUCCUGGCCUCUGUCUCCGUCAUCAUCGUGUCAGAGUUGGGGGACAAGACGUUUUUCAUCGCAGCCAUCAUGGCCAUGCGUUACAACCGCCUCACCGUACUGGCGGGGGCCAUGCUGGCCCUGGGGAUCAUGACCUGUCUCUCAGUACUGUUUGGCUAUGCCACCACGAUCAUCCCCAGAAUCUACACGUACUACGUAUCCACUGCUCUGUUUGCCAUCUUUGGGGUGCGUAUGCUGAGAGAGGGGCUGAAAAUGAGUCCAGACGAAGGACAGGAAGAGCUCGAGGAGGUGCAAGCAGAGAUCAAGAAGAAGGAUGAAGAACUGCAGCGGUCGAAGCUCACUAACGGAUCACUAGAUGUGGAGGCUGGAUCAGGGACCGCUCUACCUCAGUCCAAGUGGCACAGCUUCAUCUCCCCCAUCUUCAUCCAAGCCCUAACCCUCACCUUCCUCGCAGAGUGGGGGGACCGCUCACAGUUGACCACAAUUAUUCUAGCUGCACGGGAGGAUCCCUUUGGAGUUGCGGUGGGUGGCACAUUUGGGCACUGCUUAUGUACAGGACUGGCUGUGAUAGGAGGACGAAUGAUCGCUCAGAAGAUAUCUGUCAGAACAGUUACCAUCAUCGGAGGGAUCGUUUUUCUGGCAUUCGCCUUCUCUGCCCUGUUCAUCAAGCCAGAAGCUGGAUUUUAAAUGGGGCGGGUGGGGGGUGUAAAUAAGUGUAAAAUAUGGUCAAGCUGCUGAAAAGAGACUGUAGUUUUGACUCCUGUGUCCAACAGAAAAACAUUCACAUCCCUACCUGCUUUUCUUGAACGUCUUGGCUCCACUGGUGUCUGGGAAUCAGUGGGCUCCCUCAAGUUGGCAUCAAAUGACAUUUCUAUCCGUUGACUGCCAAGAAAAUCUUCCUUUUUAGUUGAGAUGUUAGACACUUGGUUUAAACGAGAAAAGACUCAUUUCAUGUUGUCAGAAGGAAAUAUCCUGACCUGGUUACUGAGGACCGUGGAACAGAUGGUAGCCUGGAGAUGAGGUCGGGACUCUAUCACAGAUGCGUUUUUCUAUCUCGAGGUCUGUAGAUAGAACAAACUUCUGAUGUCUGCCCUUUAACUGUGUGCAGGACAGUCCUCUCUACUGGCUCUCAUAGGCACCAAGUCCAUUUGAAAUCCUUUUUUUUCUUCUUCUGUUUCUAAGUGUUCCUCAGAGCUGGUGUUGCUCUGACACUUUGUUAGAUGCUCUUAAGUGGUCCUACCAUGAAGGUAAACAUAACCAGCAUCACAUUAUACAUGUAUCUUUAUUUUGUGAUUUAAGAUAUUUUAUUUCCGUGUAUGGUUGUCAUAAAAUAAUUUGCCAUCGUUUUCCAUAGGAGUGAUCUUUAGAGAAACUGACCUGUAAAUACCUGUCCAGGUGACUUCAUACCUACUACAGUACUUUAUCUAAAGCUGUUUUAUUUUCCCCCCAAACAAACAGCAUAGUAGACACACUGAGGACCUUCAUAUUUACAUAGACCAUUUUUAGAUCCAGGUAUUGAACAAACCGUGUUUAGAACAAAGAAAAAAGGACCAGGUAUGGCCUGCACACGUGGACGGCUCCUCUGACUGGAGCCGUUUCCCGUGUAGGUUGUUGCUUUGGCAGACGGGGCUCUGAAUCAUCGUAACAGAUGCUAAACAAACACAUCAGGUAGAGUAGGUGAACAUUAACUUUGUCGUCGAUACUAGAAAUCACUCCUAACUGUAGGGUUGCCGUAGCAACAAUGCAGUCUCAACCUACACGAUCCCUUUGAUUUUAAUAUGCAUCUACUUAGCUUCAUUUUCUUUUUUUGGUACAUGUGCUGUAAGGCAGAAAGAUUGGGAGACGUCAUGAUAAGCAAGGAAUGGAAAUGCUUAUUUUUAAACUGAACAGGCUAAUUGUCAAUAUUUGACAGUCUGUGUCCAGCUGUGAAAUACUUCUGUUUUUGUCCUAUGGGUGGUUGAAAUGCCUAUAAAACUAAAAUACUCAAUAAAAAGGUUUUGUCUUGUUUGAUUUCUA